GCUCCAAAUAUAAGCAACCUUCGCGGUUUCAUCUCAUCAAUUUGCAGAGGGAGAGAGAUCGCUCCUGUUUAUGGUAGUGCAUUGUUAGGGAUCGUGAACACCUUAACUAAUCAAGUCCGAGCUGGAUUCCUAAAGAAGCAGGAGGCACAAUGUGUCAAGGGAAUAAGAAGCUUGUGAUCCUGGGUAUUCCUUGGGAAGUAGAUGAUGAAGGUCUACGGCAAUACAUGAAGCAAUUUGGUGAAUUGGUUGAUGUCAUGGUGAUGAAAGAUCGUAUAACGGGGCGGUCACGUGGUUUUGGAUAUGUCACAUUCUCAUCUCCAGAAGAUGCACAAAAAGCUUUGGCGGUAGAGCAUUCUUUGAAUGGGAGGACCCUCGAAAUCAAAGUGGCAACCCCAAAGGAGGAAAUGGUGCCAUCAGGAAGAAAAAGUACUCGCAUUUUUGUAGCCAGAAUACCUCCAAGUGUGACAGAUGAGACAUUUCACAGUUAUUUCGCGAAAUAUGGUCUAAUAAAAGAUUCCUACAUGCCAAAGGAUCCAUUGUCAAGGCAGCAUAGAGGAAUUGGAUUUGUUACUUUCGAGAAUCCAGAGUCAGUUGAUAAACUUAUGUCAGAAACUCAUGAACUCGAAGGCUCCACCAUAGCUGUUGACCGAGCAACUCCGAAGGAUGACACUAGAGCAUAUCGAAUGUCAAAUCAUCAUCUAAGGACACCCCAUUUUCUUGCAAUGCCACAAAUGGGUGGAUAUACUCCUGUUGUUAAAGAUUUAGCAGCAUUAGGGCCCAUCCAUCAACCGAACCAGAUAGUUCUACCUAGCACGUUUCCAGCCCAAGAAGUCCCCUUAACAGGGCAGAUUAUAGUUGCAGGUGAUACCAGUUCAUCAGGACUAGGUAAUGGACAGGUUACUGUCCAGGUUCCUCGACAAGUGGAAAAGAAAAUGUUUGUUGGUCGCAUUCCUAUGGAAACGACACCUGAAGAUCUGCAGGCAUACUUCAGCCAGUUUGGUUAUGUUACAGAUGUGUAUCUCCCAAAGGACGCAAAGAAGAUAUCUCACAGGGGAUUUGGCUUCGUCACAUUUGCAGAUGAAGCGGCAGCUGCACGUGUAACCCGUACGAGACACUUUAUUCAUGGCCGUGAGAUUGCCAUUGAAUCUGCAACUCCUUCAGAUCGAGUCCCUUCAUCGCUGGGGAAUGACAGUGACCUGCCUUCUGAGAUGGUUGGUGUUGCAACUGAAAAUGGUUCAGUGGCUCACUCUGCUCCACCUGCUAAAUGGGGAAAGAAGCUUUUUGUCGGGCGCAUCCCUAUCGAAGCAAAUGCUGUGGAUGUACGGGUGCACUUCAGUCAAUAUGGACCUGUCUUAGAUGUGUAUUUGCCCAAGGAUGACAAAAAAUUGUCACAUAGAGGAUUUGGUUUUGUCACAUUUGCUGAUGAAACUUCAGCUGAAUAUGCUUGUCAAAGAGAACAUAGAAUUUUAGGUCAAAAGAUUGUACUGGACCGAGCUGCCCCUAUAGAGGAUACACAAACGGGCAUGCACCCAUCUUCGUCUGUUGCAGUGGAACAGCCAUCGGAUGGGUCAGCUCAAACAAUUGUCGUAGAUGAUCGCUUCAAAAGUUUCGCUAAUCAAGACGCCUACAACAUGAUGUUCCAACAGUUGAGAGGUGGUGUGGAUAUGGACCCUUCGCGUGGUGCUCAAGUGAGCCGCGACCCUAGAAGAGCAGCCCGAUACCGGCCGUACUAAGGUGGAAUUUCUACUUCUCUUUGGGACAUGUACAUUGCUCGAUUCCUGUAAAAUGAAGAGCUGGCUCAUCAGAUAGUGUACCAUUAGUGUUUGAAGGCUUAAACAAAGUAAGUCUUUUUCAUCAAUAUUUGGAUCUGCAUCACAUCUGCGUAGUGAAUUUUCUAUUGUUAUUCUUGAAAAGUUGGUAUUUUUCUUUUUGACUGUAGUAAAGAAACUAAAUUAGAAGAUGGAAUUUUCUGGACCUCAAGAGUGUUCUUGAACGCAUGUUUAUCAGGUAUGAUAGACUAGAGCUGGUUCCAUGUACAUUGCCUAUGGGCUUUGUUUCAGUAAAAAAUGUUCUUUUGUUUGUUAAUUUUAUUUGGUUCUCUUACAUUGUCAAAAAA